AGCCUCUCAACCCUUGUUGAUCGAGAGCCAAUCGCAAGCAAUACCAGAACUCGGCGUCUCGGCUUCAAAAACGCCCUCUUUGCUCGACGGAAGGAUGAAGUCUCAAAAUACCGUGUUUGUUGGGUUUCUAGUUAGGGUCCUAACACGACCCCAGACGCGGAGAGAAGAGAUGAUCUGCAGUUCGUGUCUCUCUCCACAGAAUCCACCUUUCCCCCGCCCCCCCGCCUCCGCACAAUUUCCCCGCUUCAGCGUUGCGGAGCAAGACGGCGGCAGUUUUCGCGCUAGCAACGGACCAGACCCCCUGUCAACUUCAGGACGCCAAGUCGUAUCUUCGACCACGAUUUCCCCUUCCACACCUCCUUCCCCACGUGCGACGACAUGGGCCUUUUCCCUGCCUAGCAACGGCCUCUGCACCCGGAUACGGCAAAUUGUCCAGACCUGCACCAUCCUCACUCCAUCGAACGGUGCUCUCGAUUGGACUCGUCGGACAGCAUGCCCCAGCUCGUCGAUAGACUGGCUCAAGACAAUCCACCCCCAGAUGCGGGGAAACCUUGGCUGGCUCUGGGCCCAGAACUGGGGUCUUUUCCAAAAACUUGAACUGUGUAUCACUUCCAGCGGAACGACAAGUUAAGGAAAUGGUUUGGUGGUUGCGUGGGUACUACCGGGAUGGGCUCGUCUUGGGUGUUCUUGGCCUCUGAGGCUGGGAGGGUUCGCGGGAGAGGGGAGGAAAGACCCUGCUCGAGAAUUUGCGAUUGGACGACCGUCGACGUUUGGGCUCCUCAGUUGACAGGUUGGGGUAACAGGGAGCAGUCUGGGGAAAACGGAUGGGUACACCAAGCAGCGAGUUGAGAUGGAUGGUUUCGUUUCCCCA